UGAUUGGCCCGUGCGUCCCGGCACCUCCCUCCUGGCUGCGCGCUGUCAGGGCAUUGCAUCACUCCCCCGCCGGGACGCGGCGUGGACGCUGCUGUUUCCCACGUGCCACGGUCCGGGAGACCCUCAGCAACAAAAUGGUUCAACAAGUUCCAGAAAACAUCAAUUUUCCUGCUGAAGAAGAGAAAAUCUUGCAGUUCUGGUCCGAAUUUAAUUGUUUUCAGGAAUGCUUAAAGCAAUCAAAACAUAGGCCAAAAUAUACCUUCUACGAUGGGCCUCCUUUUGCAACUGGACUACCUCACUAUGGACAUAUACUUGCAGGGACAAUUAAAGAUAUAGUUACGAGAUAUGCUCACCAGAGUGGGUUUCAUGUUGACAGAAGAUUUGGAUGGGAUUGUCAUGGCUUACCUGUGGAAUAUGAAAUUGAUAAGACACUGGGAAUCAGAGGACCAGAGGAUGUAGCCAAAAUGGGGAUUGUAGAGUAUAACAAUCAGUGCCGAGCAAUUGUGAUGAGAUAUUCUACUGAGUGGAAGUCUAUUGUUACCAGACUUGGCCGAUGGAUUGACUUUGACAAUGACUACAAAACUCUGUAUCCGCAAUUCAUGGAAUCUGUCUGGUGGGUCUUCAAACAACUCUAUGAUAAAGGCCUUGUUUACAGAGGUGUGAAGGUCAUGCCCUUCUCUACCGCGUGCAACACUCCACUUUCCAACUUCGAAUCCCACCAGAAUUACAAGGAUGUUCAAGAUCCUUCAGUAUUUGUAACUUUCCCUUUGGAGGAAGAUGAAAAUAUAUCUCUAGUUGCUUGGACAACCACGCCCUGGACUCUACCUAGUAACCUUGCCCUGUGUGUCAAUCCAGAUAUGCAAUAUGUGAAAAUUAAAGAUGUCGUCAGAGGAAAAUUACUCAUUUUGAUGGAAGCCAGAUUGUCAGCCCUCUAUAAAUUGGAGAGUGACUAUGAGAUCCUUGAAAGAUUUCCUGGUGCCUAUCUCAAAGGCAAGAAAUACACGCCCCUGUUUGACUAUUUUGUGAAGUGUAAAGAGAAUGGUGCUUUUACUGUGCUUGUUGACAACUACGUAAGGGAGGAAGAAGGCACUGGCGUUGUACACCAAGCUCCUUACUUCGGUGCUGAUGACUAUCGAGUCUGUAUGGACUUCGGCAUCAUUCAGAAAGACUCUCUCCCUAUUUGUCCUGUGGAUGCAUCAGGCUGUUUCACAGCGGAAGUGACAGAUUUCAUGGGACAGUAUGUAAAGGAUGCUGACAAAAAUAUCAUCAGGACCCUGAAGGAACACGGCCGACUCCUUGUUGCCAGCACCUUCACUCACAGCUACCCUUUCUGCUGGAGGUCGGACACUCCCCUCAUUUACAAAGCAGUGCCCAGCUGGUUCGUGCGAGUGGAGCACAUGGUGGACCAGCUGCUGAGGAACAAUGACCUGUGUUACUGGGUCCCGGAGUUCGUGCGAGAAAAGCGAUUUGGAAAUUGGCUAAAAGAUGCACGUGACUGGGCGGUUUCCAGAAACAGAUACUGGGGCACCCCUAUCCCACUGUGGGUCAGCGAUGACUUGGAGGAGGUAGUUUGCGUUGGCUCAAUGGCAGAACUUGAAGAACUGUCAGGAGCAAAGAUCUCAGAUCUGCACAGAGAGAGCAUCGACCAUCUGACUAUUCCUUCCCGUUGUGGGAAGGGGUCGUUGCAUCGCAUCUCUGAGGUGUUUGACUGCUGGUUUGAGAGCGGCAGCAUGCCCUAUGCCCAAGUUCAUUACCCGUUUGAAAGCAAGAGGGAGUUCGAGGAGGCAUUUCCUGCAGACUUCAUUGCUGAAGGCAUCGACCAGACCAGAGGAUGGUUUUACACCCUGCUGGUGCUGGCCACGGCUCUCUUUGGACAGCCACCUUUCAAGAAUGUGAUUGUGAACGGACUCGUCCUGGCCAGUGAUGGCCAAAAAAUGAGCAAACGGAAAAAGAAUUAUCCAGAUCCACUUUCAGUCAUCCAUAAAUAUGGUGCUGACGCCCUCAGAUUAUAUCUGAUCAACUCCCCUGUGGUGAGAGCAGAAAACCUCCGCUUUAAGGAGGAAGGUGUGCGUGAUGUUCUGAAGGACGUGCUGCUCCCGUGGUACAACGCCUAUCGCUUCUUCAUCCAGAACAUCUUGAGGCUGCAGAAGGAGGAAGAAAUGGAAUUCCUCUACAAUGAGAACACAGUUAAAGAAAGUGCCAACAUCACAGACCGGUGGGUCCUGUCCUUCAUGCAGUCGCUUGUUGAGUUCUUCAAGGCCGAAAUGGCAGCUUACAGGCUCUAUACUGUGGUGCCUCGCCUGGUCAAGUUUGUGGAUGUUCUGACCAACUGGUAUGUCAGAAUGAACCGCAGAAGAUUAAAGGGUGAAAAUGGGAUGGAGGAUUGUGUUCUGGCCCUGGAGACGUUGUUUAGUGUUUUGCUUUCUCUGUGCAGACUUAUGGCCCCCUACACACCUUUUCUUACUGAAAUGAUGUACCAGAAUCUAAAGAUGCUGAUUGACCCUGUUUCUGUCCAGGACAAGGACACACUCAGCAUCCACUACCUCAUGCUGCCCCAUGUUCGAGAGGAACUGAUUGACAAGAAGACCGAGAGUGCAGUGUCUAGAAUGCAGUCCGUGAUUGAACUUGGGCGAGUGAUUCGAGACCGUAAAACUAUUCCAAUAAAGUACCCUUUGAAGGAAAUUGUGGUCAUCCAUCAAGAUCCGGAGGCUCUUAAUGAUAUCAAGUCCUUGGAGAAGUAUAUCAUUGAGGAACUGAAUGUUCGAAAAGUUACAUUGUCUACGGAUAAAAGCAAGUAUGGCAUUCGACUAAGAGCAGAACCGGAUCACAUGGUUCUGGGGAAGCGUCUGAAGGGAGCCUUCAAGGUGGUGAUGACAGCCAUCAAGCAGCUGAGCAGUGAGGAGCUAGAGCAAUUCCAGCGGAGAGGGACCAUUGUUGUAGAGGGCCACGAACUGCAUGAAGAGGACAUCCGCCUCAUGUGCACCUUUGACCAGGCGGCCAGUGGGACGGCGCAAUUUGAAGCGCACUCAGAUGCUCAGGCUUUGGUUCUCUUGGACGUCACCCCUGACCAGUCAAUGGUGGAUGAAGGAAUGGCUCGGGAAGUCAUCAAUCGCAUCCAGAAACUUCGCAAAAAGAGCUGGGAGCCGGACCAGGCACAGAGAGCCCUUUGCCUGCCCUCAGCAGGCAAGAGAGCCAGGGAGCUCCUACCUGAGGAGGCCUCCAGCAGUCCUCGUCAUCAGGCCUGGUGUCUGAGACCUGUGGGCUGGGAUCUGAGGAGGCCACUCCAGCAGAUAAUGGGGCGCUUGCGAGCUCUGUUUCAGUGCAAUCUAGUUCCAACUGAUGAAAUAACAGUUUAUUAUAAAGCAAAGUCUGAAGGAGAGUAUCUGAACAAUGUUAUCGAAAGCCACACAGAGUUCAUAUUUGCCACCAUAAAGGCUCCCUUGAAACCAUAUCCAGUUCCUACAGCAGAUAAGAUCCUUAUUCAAGAAAAAACACAGUUGAAGGGGUCUGACCUGGAAAUUACACUCACUAGAGGAUCAUCUGUGCCUGGCCCUGCUUGCGCAUAUGUCAAUCUUAAUAUUUGUACAAAUGGCAGUGAGCAAGGUGGAGUAUUGCUUCUGGAAAAUCCAAAAGGUGAUAAUAGGUUGGACCUUCUAAAGCUGAAGAGUGUUGUUACUAGCAUUUUUGGUGUAAAAACUACAAGGCUGGCUGUCUUCCAUGGUGAAACAGAAAUACAAAACCAAACCGAUUUACUGAGUCUUAGUGGAAAAACACUGUGUGUGACUGCAGGAUCGGCCCCCUCUCUGAUCGACAGUCCCAGUGCUCUCCUCUGUCAGUAUGUCAACCUACAGCUUCUGGACGCGGACCCACAAGAGUGUUUAAUGGGAACAGUGGGCACUCUCCUGCUUGAAAACCCACUUGGGCAGAGUGGACUCACCCACCAGGGUCUUCUGUAUGAAGCAGCCAAGGUGUUUGGCCUUCGGAGCAGGAAAUUAAAGCUGUUUCUGAAUGAGACUCAAACGGAUGAAAUUACAGAAGAAAUUCCCAUGAAGACCUUGAACAUGAAGACUGUGUAUGUUUCUGUAUUACCAACGACAGCAGACUUCUAACAUUCAGUUAUCAGUGUGGCUCAGUCAGCCUUCACCUGGUGUAUAUUUGCCCCCUACACGCACACGCACACACACACACACACACGGAGACACAGUGAAGAAAUUUCCUUCAGGUGCAUGUAUUAUAUGCUGCUUUUGGUCUAAAAUUGAAAUGUGAUUAAUUCAUCAAGUGACUUGAGACCUCACAGAAAUAUUCACACUUAACCUUAAAUACUUAGGCAGUCAUGUUGGGGGACAGUUACAAUGUUACCGCAGCACGACAGAGUUUAUUUCUAUACUUGAAUUCUUAAGUAUAGAAGGUAGAAGUGAUUUAAAUGGCAUGGUAUAUAUAUAUAUCAUUCUAUGGCCUUGUAAAACUUAUUUGGGACCUCUUGAAGGAAUGGACAAUGUUAUAUAUUCUGCUAUCUGGAUUUUCCUGGUAAUUUGAUGGAAUAUUUUAAGUUUCAGUAAAUCAGAACAAUAAACAAACUUUCUCUCAGAUAA